UGUGGCAUCGACCCAAAGUUGAAAACUUUCUCUUGGCACUGUGCGCUUGUUGCAUUCGGAGUCUACUGGACAAUAGCUGGGUCUUAGACUAUGUUUUGGUGCCAUGUACUAUAUCUGAAGCAUUCAUUUUGACUGCAAUAUAGCUACCUCUACAAUGUCCGAGGCGGAGACCAAUCUGCAAUUGGAGUUGUCAUGGAUCGAUUCAGCUGUGAACAAGUCAGCGGAAGCUUUUUUCGACAGAUUUGAAUUGUGCGACAAACCAACGGCACAUCGACGUUACAUAUUGCUGAUAGAAUCGAGAUCCAACAAUCUAUCAGGAGCUGAGAAGAAAGCGCUUGCGGAUGAAUUCGAACACUGGAAAAAAAAUAAAGGACACAAAUUCUGGUUAGAUCGUCGUACACAUCUCUCAGCAAUGAGGACAGCAGGCUCACUUGCUGAGACAGCAGAACCUUAUGUGGAAAGAUCCUUCAAACGAAACUUGUCACAGCUUGAGCCAAGUGAACCAGAAGUGGCAACACAUCAGGACCCACUCCCAACCACCCCGCCACGUUCGACAUUUACUGGGAUAGCGAAUGUCAUGACCCUCAGUUCUCCUGAUAAUAAUGGUAUUAUUAUUAUUAUUAUUAUUAUUACAUUUAUACAUGGAUCAUAAGCUGAUUUUUUUUUCUUUGGAACGCAGGCCAAAGCCAUCAGAGUUUCCAACAGGAACAGGUACUAAAAGGCUUUUAUAAGUGACGAUGAUGACGUCGAAGUAGAUGGUUACGUGAGUCUUGAAGGCGAUGAUGAAGUAAUGAAACGAG